CGGGACUCUCUGGUCCACAGGCCCAUGCUCCAACCGUUGAGCCAAACCGGCCAGGGUGCAAUUUUUUUUUAAUUUAAAUCACAGACCCGUUUACAAGUAUUAGGAAAGCUGUAGACCCUUCCCCAGAAUAACGCACACAUAUUCCUCCAACAAGCACACAUUUGGAAACAGCUUUAGGAAGUUCAUACCCCUCCCCCCCAAACAAUUCAUGACAACAUAGUCUUUCUUGGAACGUUGAGGUUUUCUGAUAAUAUCAAAUAAUUACCACAUCAUUUUACUUAUAAGUAAAGGGUUGCCUAACAGUGAAUAUUGAUUGCAGUACCACACUGCUCACUUAUUCUUUGGAGCUCUGGAACUCGAAGUGGUUUAGUGCAAUAGAAAAACGACUUGCCCGGAAACCAAGUGACCUAGAUUCGAGACUUAACCCCAGUCAUCACUAGCGGUUCUGUAUUAAGCUUGCUGUUUUUCUGUAACAUCUGAUAUUCUUUUGUUGCUGAAGGAAGUUUUAACGAAGCUAGCGUACCAGCGAAGACCUUUGAAGUGUGAAGAGAUUUCCUGUAAUUGAGACCAAAAUGUCACUGAUAGAUCCUUAUCAGCACAUUAUAGUGGAGCAUCAGUAUUCCCACAAGUUCACGGUGGUGGUGGUACGGGCCUUCAAAGUGACAAAGGGCGCCUUUGGUGACCUACUUGACACUCCGGAUCCCUACGUGGAACUUUUCAUCUCCUCCACCCCUGACAGCAGGAAGAGGACAAGACACUUCAAUAACGACAUAAACCCAGUGUGGAAUGAGGCCUUCGAGUUUAUUUUGGAUCCUAAUCAGGAAAAUGUUUUGGAGAUCACAUUAAUGGAUGCUAAUUAUGUCAUGGAUGAAACUCUGGGGACAGCAACAUUUCCCAUAUCUUCUAUGAAAGUAGGAGAGAAGAAAGAGGUUCCUUUUAUUUUCAACCAAGUCACUGAAAUGAUUCUGGAAAUGUCCCUUGAAGUUUGCUCAUCCCCGGACCUCCGAUUCAGUAUGGCGCUGUGUGAUCAGGAGAAAGCGUUCAGACACCAGAGAAAAGAAAACAUCAAGGAAAACAUGAAGAAACUCCUGGGUCCAAAGAAGAGUGAAGGCUUGUGUUCUACGCGUGAUGUGCCUGUGGUGGCCAUCCUGGGCUCAGGCGGGGGUUUCCGAGCCAUGGUGGGGUUCUCCGGUGUGAUGAAGGCUCUGUACGAAUCAGGAGUUUUAGACUGUGCUACCUACAUUGCUGGUCUUUCUGGCUCCACGUGGUAUAUGUCAACGUUAUAUUCUCACCCUGAUUUCCCAGAGAAAGGGCCAGAGGAGAUUAAUGAAGAGCUAAUGAAAAACGUUAGCCACAACCCUCUCUUACUCCUCACACCGCAGAAGGUUAAAAGAUAUGUUGAGUCUUUAUGGAAGAAGAAAAGGUCUGGACAGCCUGUCACCUUUACUGAUAUCUUCGGGAUGUUAAUAGGAGAAACACUAAUUCACAAUAGAAUGAACAUAACCUUGAGUAGCUUGAAGGAAAAGGUCAAUACGGCCCGAUGCCCUUUGCCUCUUUUCACCUGUCUCCACGUCAAGCCCGACGUUUCAGAGCUGAUGUUUGCAGAUUGGGUCGAAUUUACUCCAUAUGAGAUCGGCAUGGCUAAGUAUGGCACUUUCAUGACUCCUGACUUAUUUGGAAGCAAAUUUUUUAUGGGAAAAGUGGUAAAGAAAUAUGAAGAAAACCCCUUGCAUUUCUUAAUGGGUGUCUGGGGCAGCGCCUUUUCUAUAUUGUUCAACAGAGUCUUGGGAGUUUCCAGCUCACAGAACAAAGGUUCCACGAUGGAGGAAGAAUUAGAAAAUAUUACAGCAAAGCAUAUUGUGAGUAAUGACAGCUCGGACAGCGAUGACGAGUCACAAGGACCCAAAGGCACUGAAAACGAAGAUGCUGAAGAGGAAUAUCAAAACGAUAAUCAAGCGAGUUGGGUCCAUCGCAUGAUAAUGGCCCUGAUGAGUGACUCAACUUUAUUCAAUACCAGAGAAGGACGGGCUGGGAAGGUGCACAACUUCAUGCUGGGCUUGAAUCUCAAUACCUCGUAUCCGCUGUCUCCGUUCAGAGACUUUAACACGCAGGAGUCCUUGGAUGAAGAUGAACUGGAUGCAGCUGUGACAGAUCCCGAUGAAUUUGAGCGAAUAUAUGAGCCUCUGGAUGUCAAAAGUAAAAAGAUUCAUGUAGUGGACAGCGGCCUCACGUUUAACCUGCCUUACCCCUUGAUCCUGAGGCCACAGAGGGGAGUCGAUCUCAUCAUCUCCUUUGACUUUUCUGCAAGGCCCAGUGACUCAAGUCCUCCAUUCAAGGAACUGCUACUCGCAGAAAAGUGGGCUAAAAUGAACAAGCUCCCCUUUCCCAAGAUUGACUCCAACGUGUUCGAUCGCGAAGGGCUGAAGGAGUGCUACGUCUUCAAACCCAAGAACUCGGAUGUGGACAAGGACUGCCCGACCAUCAUCCACUUCGUGCUGGCCAACAUCAACUUCAGGAAGUACAAGGCUCCCGGUGUUCCAAGAGAAACUAAGGAAGAGAAAGAAAUAGCUGAUUUUGAUAUUUUUGAUGACCCCGAGUCACCAUUUUCGACCUUCAACUUUCAGUAUCCAAAUCAAGCAUUCAAAAGGCUGCAUGAUCUGAUGUACUUCAAUACCCUGAACAACAUCGAUGUGAUAAAGAAUGCCAUCUUUGAAAGCAUCGAAUAUAGAAGACAGAAUCCAUCUCGUUGCUCGGUUUCCCUCAGUAACGUUGAGGCAAGAAGAUUCUUCAACAAGGAGUUUCUAAGCAAACCCCCGGCAUAGUUUGUGUACUGGGAAGGGCAGCAAUUUUUGAUGCAGAAGCAGUUUGAAAUUCCAUGACAACUGGAUUAAAGCACAAUACAGACAGUAGUACUAAUGAUAAGAGGCUGAUGGAUGCUCAGACUCGUAGUUAUUUAUAUAAAGCCACAUGAGAAUAAUACCCUUAUAAGUUUGUUAGGUUAACAGAUGAUGUUGAUUAUGUAAAAAUAUACUCAGCUACAUUUUCUAUCAGUAUGGAUUUCCUGAUGCAAAUGUGGGAACACAGACUGUAUUUUUAGACAUUCCUCACCAACUAUGUUAUGUGUCCUACUUUUAAAAUGUGGUUUCUUUUUAGAAUAUUUAACACGUCAAUCUUAAUAAGUAAAAACUUGCAUUGUGUGUGAAUGUUAUUCACUGACUGGAUUUAUUCAUGCCAUGA